UUCACGGUAACUUCUGCAAUUUCUAUCUCCCCAGUUUUCCUCUUCAUACUCCAAAAUUAUAAAUCCCCGCUUCCCCCACUCCACUUUCUCCCCAAAUUCAGUUUUCGUCUUUCCUUAACCUCUCUCAUCGUCCAAACUAAAACCAAACAACCAACUCAAAGCUUGCAACCAUGGCCUUCCGCCUUAGCAACAAUCUUGUUGGAAUCCUCAACUUCAUAACCUUCCUCCUCUCGAUCCCCAUCCUUGGAGCCGGCAUCUGGCUUAGUCGAGAAGGCGUGACGGAAUGCGAACGGUUUUUGGACAAGCCCGUUAUCGUAAUCGGAGUCUUCCUCAUGCUCGUCUCACUUGCGGGACUAAUCGGCGCGUGCUGUCGCGUCACUUGGCUACUCUGGCUUUACCUAGUCGUCAUGUUCCUCCUCAUCGUGCUCGGCAUCGUCUUCACCAUCUUUGCUUUCGCGGUGACGAAUAAAGGUGCUGGAGAAGCUUUGUCUGGGAAAGGGUACAAGGAAUACCGGCUUGGUGAUUACUCCAACUGGUUACAGAAGAGAGUCACUGGCCAGAAGAACUGGAAUAAGAUUAAGAGCUGUUUGGCUGAUAGUAAAGUCUGUACUGAUUUCCACGAUAAGUAUCUGAAUACUUCUGCCUCGGAGUUUUACCAGACGCAUUUGUCUUCCGUUCAGUCUGGUUGCUGUAAGCCAUCAAACGACUGCCAAUUCAUGUAUGUUGGACCGACAAACUGGACUAGAGGGAGUGCGGAAUCCAACAAUCCCGACUGCAAUUUAUGGAAUAACAACUUGAAUACUCUAUGCUUCGACUGCCAGUCAUGCAAGGCUGGAUUCAUAGACAACCUCAGGAGUUCUUGGAAGAAGGUGGCGAUUGUCAACAUUGUGUUCCUCAUCUUCCUCAUUAUUGUCUACUCUGUUGGCUGCUGCGCUUUCAGGAACAAUAGGAGAGACAAUUAUUAUCAGCAGCAGACCUGGAAACCUUGAGCUAAUCUUUGUUCUUAGUUUCCGAUUUUGGAUAUGGGCUGGGCUGGGUCUGGGCUGCUGUAUUUGCUUCCUAUUGUUUUCUGCAUUGUGUUUUAGUGUCUAUGCUUUACAUAUUGGAUCUUUUAUUGUAUAGCCGUUUUUCUCCACAUUUUGGAUAUUAUAUAUUUGAUCGUUUAUAUGCUUA